AUGCGCGCGCUCGACGUCGCCGUCGUCGAGGGACGCGGCGAGGUGUUCGCCGAUCCCGGCGCGACGGUUCGAAUCGUCCCGAUCGUGCGCGCGACGUCCGAAAACGACGACGACGGCGAUCGCGAUGACGAUGCAAUCGCGACGCGAAUCUGCGCGACGGCGACGGCUCAAACGGCGCGCGACGAUCGCGACGAGCCGCGAACUAUGUUUCGCGAGGAAUUCUCGGGCGCGGUGACGACGGAAAACGCGAGAGCGCUCGCGCGGGUGACGGGGAUCGAGAUUUUCGUGACGAGCGCGUCGGGACGCGACGCGGCGCGCGGCGCGGCGACGCUGGACGCGGACGCGCUCGCGAGGCUCGACGACGACGACGGCGAGGCGCGGGCGGUGGUGCGAGGGACGUGGUGCGAGGUGCGGGAGAUCGUGGGCGAGGACGAUGGGGUCGGGGCGACGGUCGGGCGGGUGUGCGCGCGGGUGACGGCGCGAGGCGACGGCGCGAGGACGCGAGGCGCGAGCGAGGGGGGGGGUCGCGAACGGCGAACGGCGAGGGAGGGCGCGACGACGACGACGACGACGGCGGCGGUGCGCGCGGAGAUCGAGGGGGGGGGGGGCGAGCGCGCGGUGGUGGAGGCGGGCGAGGGGGGGGCGGCGGCGACGGCGACGGCGACGCCGGCGCCGAGGCGGGAAAACGUCGCCGCCGUCGCCGCGGGGUGGCUUCGGGGAGUCGUCGCGCGCGGACGACGCGACGACGGGGCGCGAGAGAGAGAACGCGAGAGAAAACGACGGGAGCGCGAGGCGGAGAUCGAGGAGAAGCGCGCGCGCAAGGAACGAGAUAGGAUUGAACGCGAGCGAGUCGAGGCGGCGAAACUGGAACGCGAGGCGCAACUCGAGGCGUUUCGCGCCGCGGAGCGGGAUCGACGCGCGAACGACGAGACGGCGUCGGGGGGAGGCGCGCGUGAUGUCGAUCGGGGCGAUGCGUCGCAGCCUGGCUCGCCGCGUCGCAGCUUUCACAUCCCCAACGUCGAGGAGAUUAAGCAACGCGUCAGCGAAGGCGCGCAUCAACUCGGCGAAGUCGCGCAUCAACUCGGCGAUCGGCUUCGCGAUACCGGCGAUAAAAUCGCGCACAACGUGAACGAACAAGCGCAUCACGUCAAGGACGCGCUUCGCGAUACGAACAAUCGCGUCGGCAAAGCGCUCGCGAAGAAGCGCUGGGUGCGCGACAUCGCGGCGCGGCUGUCGCCCAAUUCCAUUCUCGUCGUCGCCAUCGCCAUCGCGCUGGCGGGUCUUCCCGAAAACCGCGACAAGGCGAGACGCAAGGCGCAAUCGGUGAAGAAGCGCAUAAAAGAAACGCGACGCGAAUCAUCGGAGACGGCAAAGGCGAAGAAGAAGACGGCGAGCGAAGAAGAAGAAGACUUACCCGAAGUCAUUUACAACGAACUCGCCGAUCCGGACGAAGAUACGCCUUUCAUCGGUCGCGGGCCGACACCGCGCGGCGUGUACGAGGUCGUCGAAGGCGACACGUUGUGUUCCAUCGCGGGUUGCUUCAACCUCGAUUUGAUGGAGAUCAUCGAUAAGAACGGCGAC